AUGGCUUCAAACAAAAAUUUGCCAGUAUUUUGCAUUGUUUUGUCAAUUGUAGCAGCUGCUACUAUUGCUUCUGCAAAUAGCAAUUAUGAAAAUGGUUAUUAUGGUUAUGAAAAUGAUGUCCCAAAAACAUACAAGAAGGAUGUGCAUACAAAGGGAUUAGUUCCAGAAGCAAAUAUUAUUGCUGUUCAAGGAAUGAUUUAUUGCAAAUCUGGAUCUAAACACAUCCCACUUAAGGGAGCCGUAGCAAGGAUAACAUGCCUUGGCACGGAAAAACACGGACACGAAACAGCUCCAUUCUCCUUCUCAAGUUACCAAUCGGACGCAAAAGGUUAUUACUACGCAGUAUUUUCACUAAACGAGCUCAAAGAGUAUGAUCAAUCUUGCUCAAUUACACAAUGCAAAGCCUUCUUAGAAAGCUCUUCACUUGAAGAAUGUGAUGUACCAACUGAUGAAAAUAAUGGUAAAGCAGGAGCUAUUCUUACUUCUUAUCGAUUACUCAAUGAAUAUGCUGAGAAGAAAAUAGUAUUGUACUCUGUCGCACCUUUUGUUUACACUUCAGAAGAUGAAGGCGAUGCUGAUUACACUAAAUCCAAUUACUACAAACGUGAAGGGGGUUAUUAGAUCAUUUUUUUUCUUUGUUUUUUUUUUAUAUUAAUAAUUUAACAUCCAUGAGA